AUGGAAUAUAUAAGGGACGGAUGUCGGGAAAAUGGUGAGGUAUGCAAGAAAUGUAGUGAAAAGGACUGGGUUGGACCCAGGUUCUCCAGAGUCCCUGCCCUGUAUCCAGAUCCUGAUAAGCCAGGGCAUUAUAUGAGUGUUUUCAACACACUAACCACAGACAAUAACAGGCAGUUAAGGGAAGUGGAUGAUGUCGCUCCCAGGGCAGUGAUAAAGCGUCUAUAUAAAGCUGGCACGAUCUCAUCGGACAAUGUCGAACAACUUAAAGACGUAUCCAGUCGCUAUUGUGUUGAAGAGAAGGAUGUCGCAUCAUAUGUUAAACACCUUGAAGGGUUGAAAAUGAUGUCUGCUAUCAGGGAAAACGAAAGAAGAAAAAAACGAGAAAAAGAGUGCAGCAAAACUUAUGAGGACUACGAUUGGAAUACCCUCAUUGAUUCAGGAAAACUAAAUUCAUUAAAAGUGAUGGAACUUGACAAGUACCUUAAGAGACACGACCUGUCCACUAUCGGAAAAAAAGAGGAUAAAAUCAAACAAAUUAAAGCAGAUUUCUACAUAAAUAGGACCAACGACGCAGCCAUUGAUGCAGAAACUUCAGAUGAUGAUACUUUGUCAGGAGAUGGUGAAUCCGAUUCUGACGAUGAUGAAGUACUUCAGAUAAUUCCAGAAGGCGAUGAAGACGACAAUUCAACUGAGGGAAUGUCUGAGGAUUCUGAUGAAGAAAUUGCAAAUUUGCCAACGAUACGCAGCAGAAGAGCAGCUAGUUUUCCACAUGCAAGAUACGAAGACUAUUAUGUUUAUUAA